GCUACCUUGCUUCUCCACCCACCACCCUUUCAGAUCUUUGUCCUGGCUCCGCCUCUCGCCGGCGUUAUAAUGGGCUGGUCUGAAAGUGGUGGAGAGACACAGAACCACAGGGGAAGAGAGAGAUAAUGACAAUAACGCUAAUAACCCUAAUAACCCGGCUGCUGCCCGCGCCGCAGCGAGGAGCCAGCCCGGCGUCCCGGCACUAAGCGGGGCCGAAGCCGGAGAAGCGGAGUAACCCCGACGUCCCUCGAGAGCUUCUCCCCGCGCCCCGGGACCGCCGGACGGUAACAUCGGCAGCGGCCCCGAGGAGGACCGGGCUCGGGGGGAGGCGGAGAGGAGCCGGCUCCGGCAGCCGCCCGCCCGCCCGCUCGCACCGGCUCCGCGGGGGCCUCCUCGCCCCUCUGCGGCAACCCGCUCUCCUCCGGCCCCAUGGAGCAGCCGGAGUAAAGAGCGAGAAGGACAAAAAAAAAGGGGGGGGCGGAAAGAGAGCGAGCGCCCCGGUGGGGGAGAAGGAGGUGGAAGCCGGAGGAAGCGCCCCGUCCCCCGCCGAGGGCAGCAGGGCACUCGCCGGCGGGGAAGGGGCCAGCCCCCCGCCAGCGACCCCCGGGGCGGCCGGGUGAGGCGGGCGCGGAGCCCCGCUGCCCUGCCCCGCCUGCCGCCGCCGAGCUGUCCGAGCCGGAGCCGGGGUAGAAACCUACCCCCUCACACCCUCCGCCCGGGUCGCCUCGGCGUCCCCCGCCGCCCUUGAGGCCGCGCCAAGGGUCGGGGGUCGCACCCGCCCGGCAGAGCCGGGGGUGCCGCCGGCGCCGCCGCCAUGAAGCUGGAGGUGUUCUCGCAGCACUACGAAGACAAGCUGAGCGCCGGCAGCGAUCAGGAAGGCAGCGGCUCCCUCUCCCCGGCGCCGGCUGAAAGCGAGCUGGGCUCGGACGGCGACUGCGCCGCCAACAGCCCCGGCGGCGGGGCCGGGAGGCCGGGGCACCCCCCGCCGCCGACUCCCGCCCCGCAACCGCCGCCGCCGCCGCCGGCCGAGAGCGCCAAGGGGAAGCCCUACACGCGGCGGCCGAAGCCGCCCUACUCCUACAUCGCCCUGAUCGCCAUGGCCAUCCGCGACUCGGCCGGCGGCCGCCUGACCCUGGCCGAGAUCAACGACUACCUGAUGAGCCGCUUCCCCUUCUUCCGCGGCGCCUACACCGGCUGGCGCAACUCGGUGCGCCACAACCUCUCCCUCAACGACUGCUUCGUCAAGGUGCUGCGCGACCCGGCGCGGCCCUGGGGCAAGGACAACUACUGGAUGCUCAACCCCAGCAGCGAGUACACCUUCGCCGACGGCGUCUUCCGCCGCCGCCGCAAGCGCCUCAGCCGCGCCGCCCCGCCGCCGCCGCCGCCGCCGCAGCCCGCCCGCCCCGCAGCCGCCCCGCCGCCGCAGGAGGCGGCCGGAGCGGGCGCCGCGUCCCCCGGCGGUUCCCCGCCGUGCUGUUGCGCCUCCUCGCCCUGCCGCUGCGCGCCUGGCCCCGCCGACAAGGAAGCAGCGGCGGCAGGCGGCGGGGCGUCCGCGUCGGCGGCGGGGAGCGGCGGCGCCAAGUUCUCCAGCUCCUUCGCCAUCGAGAGCCUCCUCCGGCGGCCGGCGGGGCCCCGCACCGCCCCGCAGCCGCCGCCUCCGGCGCACGUCCGCCUCCUCUGGCCGCCGCCGCCCGCGCCCCCGCACCUGCUGCCCGGUCCGUACCCGCUGCUCCCCUACCCACCUGCCGCGCAGCCCCCGCCCGCCGCCGCCGCCGCCCUCUACGGCGGCGGCCUCCUGCAGCUCUGCGCCUACGGGCUGGGCGAGCCGCCGCCGCCGCCGCUGCUGCUGGCGGGCGGGCGGCAGGCGCUGGCCCCGGGCGAGCCGCCGGAGCGGCCGCGGGCGCCGCUCUUCCCCGCCGGCCUCCCCAAAGGCGGGCGGGGGCCGCCGCCCGGUUCCCCGCUCUACGGGCCUCUCCGGCUGGCCGGGCCGCUGGAGACCCCCCUGGCUUAAUGGAGCCCCCCCUCUCCUCCCCUGCGAGGGGCCUGCCCGGGGAGGCGGGGAGGGGGAAAGGAGGAGGCUCUGGAUCCCGCACUUUAACUCCAGAGGCGACCAAAGCCUCCAAGCAAAAGCCUCGGUGACUGUGCCUUACUGAAAUGACAGUGGGUUUAACGUAAACCAAAAGAAAGGAAAAAAAAAUAUCAAAAAAGCAAAACAACUGUCGUUUUGGACAUAGCCAUGAGCCUCAAGUGCUUCUUACUGUUCGCUGAGACUACUUGACUUCAGCCACCCUCUCGCCGCCUCCUUUCUGUCCCCCCUCUUGUCCCCACAUCCCCUGCCACCGAAGCCUCGGGCAGGGGGUGUCCCCGCGGAGACCCGCGGCGGCGGCAGCCGGGGGAUGCGCUGUGCACUCGGGAUGGCGGGGAGGAGGGAGGGGAGGCCGGGGGAGCCUGCCGGGGGGGUGGGGAGGGAUGGGGGGGUCGGGGGCUGCUGUGAAGCCGUAGGUCUGUACUGCAAAGCAAUGCAUCACUGUGCCAAAAGAAACCUUUUCUCCUGUCCGGCAACUAGCAUUUCGUGGGAAGGGAGGACAUUAAAUUAUUUAUAAAAAGUAGUGUUUCUAACACAAAGAGAGUGCAGCUUUUUUAAUUAAUUAUUGUUCUUGGGGGAGGCGGGAGAGGGGAAGAGGCUCAAGGAAUUGUCAGGCGUUGGCGUUGUACAUUUAAGGCCGAGACCACUGCUACUGGAAAGAGAAGAGUAAUUUUUUUUUCGUAUUUUAUUUUUGUGUAUAUAAUACAUGUGCGUGUGCAUUUUAUUGACGCUCGGCCACAAUGUUUUUUUCUUUUCUUCCCCCCCUCCCCUUUCCCCCGAACAAAACCUGUCCCCUAAAUAAAGACGGGAAGAAGGAGAGGAGCGUGAUACCUGGGCUGGCGCGGAGGGAGGGGAGCGGAGGAGCAGCGGGGCUGCGGGGGCAGCCGGGCUGCCCGCCCUUUUCCUCCCCAUCCCUCCCGGCGGGUUAGAGGUGCCACGUACCGACCCGCCUUCUUUUGACCACGGGAGGUGAGAGGUUCUCCUCUUGGGCUUGCCGCCAGGUUUGGAAGCCCUCUUCAAUUCCUCGAGUCAAAUCAGGUUUCCCCGGCGGUGCUCAAGCCCUGCAGAAAGGCUGGCGGUUUGCAGG